GAACGCGCAAAAAAACACGCAAGACACCAACGUGAAUUACUGAUGGAGAGGCUUUUCCGUUCUCUUUACUUAGAGAGAAAGAAAACGGAAAUAAAUUAGAUGUUUGUUUUAAUUCAUGUAUAGGUAACUUCGCACUGGCGAAAAUCACGGGAGGUGAUUAAACACUACACUAGUGCAACCCGGUUCGCUAACCCGUUAGACUCUCCGGAUCAUCGCUGUAGCGGAGCCAAAAGGAUAGACGAGGGGAAUGAUGUCUGAGCGAGUUGUUCUGGAAUAAGAGUGAAACUGCAACUGUGAGAGAAGAAGACUAUGCGUUGGAUCUCCUUCAGUGGGACUGGGAACUUAGUGGUAUCCUAUUCAAAACGUACCUCAGUCCCCUUUCAGGUUCAGCUGGAUUGUAACGUCGUUGGAUGCUUAUCACUCCGGACACUGAUCGCCUACUUAUAGACAUCCCAGCACUAACUUGACUUUACUCCGGAGGGUGAUGGAGUUUUCUCGGACUUUUCAUGCCUUACCAGUAAUAUGUACGCUUUUCUGCUUGGUUCAUGGAUCUCGGCCCAGACUGGAAGAUGCCCCGCCGCGGAUCGUGGAGCACCCGUCCGACCUAAUUGUGUCGAAGGGCGAGCCGGCCACUCUGAACUGCAAGGCUGAGGGUCGGCCGACGCCCAUGGUGGAGUGGUACAAGGAUGGCGAGCGUGUGGAGACGGACCGGGAGGACCCGCGCUCGCACCGCAUGCUGCUUCCCACGGGCUCGCUCUUCUUCCUGCGCAUCGUGCACGGCCGCCGCAGCAAGCCCGACGAGGGCGUGUACGUGUGCGUGGCCAGGAACUACCUGGGCGAGGCCGUCAGUCGCAACGCUUCCCUGGAGGUCGCAAUUUUGAGAGAUGAUUUCCGGCAGACCCCCAGUGAUGUGGUGGUGGCCGCAGGCGAGCCGGCUGUGAUGGAGUGCAUACCCCCCCGGGGCCACCCCGAGCCCACGAUCUCCUGGAAGAGGAACAAUGUGAAAGUUAACGACAGGGACGAGAGGAUCACCAUCCGCGGAGGAAAGCUGAUGAUCUCAAACACGCGGAAGAGUGAUGCGGGAAUGUACGUGUGUGUGGGAACCAACAUGGUGGGAGAGAAGGACAGUGAUCCAGCUGAACUGGUAGUGUUCGAGAGGCCCAUGUUUGUCCGGAGGCCAGUCAAUCAGGUGGUACUGGCUGAUGACACGGUGGAUUUUCAGUGUGAGGUCCAGGGAGAUCCAGCCCCAACUAUCCGCUGGAGGAGAGAGGAGGGAGAAAUGCCCCGGGGCAGGUCAGAAAUACGGAGUGAUAACAGUCUGCGGCUGACGCAGGUGAGAGCAGAGGAUGAAGGAACCUACACCUGCGUGUCUGAGAACAGUGUUGGCAAGGCGGAAGCAUCUGGAACACUGCAGGUCCAUGUUCCACCUCAGAUCGUGGUUCGUCCCCGGGACCAGAUCACGGCUCUGGGUCGCACCGUCACCUUCCUGUGUGGGACUAAGGGGAAUCCCCCACCAGCUGUUUUUUGGCAAAAGGAGGGCAGCCAGAUCCUGCUGUUCCCCAGCCAGCCGCCCGCACAGUCAGGUCGUUUCUCGGUUUCGCUGAGCGGUGAGCUGACCAUCAGUGACGUGCACAGCGAGGAUUCUGGGUAUUAUAUCUGCCAGGCUAUCAGCGUGGCUGGCAGCGUUCUUACCAAAGCCUUGCUGGAGGUAGAGGAUGCUCCAUCCGACCGUGUGCCACCCAUCAUCCGCCAAGGCCCAGCCAAUCAGACUCUUGCACCUGGGGCAACUGCCCAGCUGCAGUGCUACGUGAUGGGAAACCCACUGCCCAGUAUCCAGUGGGAGAGAGAUGGGCAAAGAAUCCUGGGAAAUGAUGAGCGCAUCAACCUAAUGGAGAAUGGCACUUUACAAAUCAUAGCCCUGCAGGAAACCGACUCCGGGGUCUACACCUGCGUUGCCUCCAGCGCAAGUGGCGAGACAACUUGGAGUGGAGUACUUACUGUGAAAGAGAGUGGAGGUAUGGCUGUGUCUCCUGCGUCAGAACCUUACCAACUGCCUGGCCCUCCCCAGAAGCCUGUGGUAACGGAUGUUACCCGGAACAGUGUAACCCUGACCUGGCAACCCAAUGCUCAUGAGGGUGGAGCUGCCGUCACCUCGUACAUCAUCGAGGCGUUCAGUCAGUCUGCAGGCAGUACGUGGCAGACAGUGGCAGAUCUGGUGAGACUUGAGAAGCACACGGUCGGUGGCCUCUCUCCUAACACCAUCUACCUGUUCAUCGUCCGCGCGGUCAACGCCUACGGCCUGAGUGACCCCAGUCCCAUCUCGGAGCCAGUGCGCACACAGGAUGUGAGUCCGACGGGUCAGGGCGUGGACCACAGGCAGGUGCAGCGUGAGCUGGGGGAGGUGGCCGUCGAGCUGCAGCAGCCUGUGCUAAUAACGGGAUCCAGGGUCCAGCUCACGUGGACCGUUGAUCGGCAGUCCCAGUACAUUCAGGGCUACCGGCUACUGUACCGGCCCGUAGGAGGCUCCUGGCUCCAGCAAGACGUGAAGGCCGGGCCUGAACGCAGCGCAGUCCUCGUCGACCUGCUCAAAGGCACUGAGUACGAGGUCAAAAUCAGACCCUUCUUCAAUGAGUUCCAGGGCAUGGACAGCCACCUGCUGACCCUCCAAACGCCCGAAGAGGUGGCCCCUCCUCAGGCCGUGACUGUGUCAGCAGUCAAACUCAGCAACAGCUCCGGCAUCAGUUCAUGGCAGCCUCCCCCCGCUGAGAUGCAGAAUGGAGUGAUCCAAGAAUACAGGAUAUGGUGCCUGGGAAAUGACUCUCAAACACGCUACCACAUUAACCAGACGGUGGACGGGAGCUUGCUGUACACCCUGGUGAAGGGCCUACUUCCUGGCGUGCUCUACCAGGUGGAGGUAGCAGCAGUGACCACUGCUGGAGUGGGCACCCGGAGCCAACCAGUCUCUGUGAUGAUCAAGUUGCAAGCGGAGCAGCCUGGGGUAUCAGCUGAAGGCAGUGACUCAGAUCAGAAUGUGAGUCUUGCAGAGCAGAUUACAGACGUGGUGAAACAGCCUGCCUUCAUCGCAGGCAUUGGUGGAGCAUGCUGGGUAAUCCUCAUGGGCUUCAGCAUGUGGAUAUACUGCAGACGCAAGAAGAGAAAGGAACUGAGUCACUACACAGCUUCAUUUGCAUACACACCCUCAGUUGGCUUUCCUCAUGGAGAAGGCUCGGGACUAAAUGGAAGGCCUGGUGUGUUGGGUUCUAACAUAGGGAACUACCCCUGGCUGGCUGAUUCAUGGCCCACUACAAAUCUUGUUCAUAAUGGCAAAGAAUCAGCCAACUGCUGUACUUCCAAACCUGACACAGCAGAGCGAUACUACAGCGAGGCUGGGAUUUCUAACUACCUGAACCAGACUGAGAAGUAUAGCACUGGCUCCAACGAGGGCCCCAUCUAUAGCACCAUCGACCCCGCCGCUGAAGACCUGCGCAGCUUUACGGCCCAGUACUCCCAGCACACCACACCUUACGCCAGCACUCCCAUCAUGCCUUUCACUAACCAGGUGCCCUGCAGCCCCGACCAGGAUGGUGGCCACUGGAUUAACCAACCAGGGACCUCAAACGUGCAGUAUGCCCAGCCGGACCGCUCCAAGGCUGAUAACGCUAAGCAGUCAAAGCAGAAGUCAAUGGGGAAGGCAGUGAAGACUCCAUCUUUGAACUGGACGGAGCGUCGCCCCCCCCCACCCUCCCUUGGAGAGUUAGAGCACUGUGAAGAUGAGGACGAAGAUGAAGACGAACACAUCGAGGAAAUGGGUUCUGAUGAGGAGGACUGGUGUCCACCACUCCCAGAGAGGACCUACCUCAUGGAUGGAGUAUCGGAGGAUGAGCCACUGCCCCCUCCCAGAGGAGAGGCCGCUUCCCCAACCAAUUCCUACAGCCACCAGUCGACAGCUACCCUCACGCCCUCGCCCAGGGAAGACACUGCGCGACUGCCCCACCCGGAACAGACCCAGGCAGGACGACGGUUGCCGUGUGGACCAGUGCCCAUUCCCCGGGCUCCCAGCCCCCCCCUUACGCAGACCAAUCAGAACCUGUCAGCCAAUUCAGAGGUUCCCGAGAGCAGUACACCACAGCGCUCCACACACAGACGGGAUGUGAGCCAAGGAACGGGACAGAGUGCAGACAAUGUUAACACACCAGUGCGAGCGAGAACAUCUGUAGGGGAUGUGCAGACCCCUCCCACCCAGAAGGCCAGGAUGAAAAAGAAGACCUCAAAGAGUGGCCAGUACCGCAGAGACAUCAUUCAAGGAGAUCUGCCCCCUCCUCCCGAACCCCCACCUGAGGAUGAGUCAGGCCUAGAGAGAGGGCAGACAGCCCCAGACAGGGAGGGGGGCUACAUGUCCUCCAUGGAGAGAAGAGAGCACAGCACACCCAACCGCAAGAUCUCAGCUCAGAGAAAGAAGGAUGAUGAUGACUUGAUUCCUUACCACAAGCCCAACUUCCUGCCACGUGGUCAGAUGUCCAGCAACUGCUCCACAACAGGAAGCUCUUCAUCACGAGGAUCAACAGGAUCUCGAGGUCACGGAAACAGCCGGAAAAGAAAUGAUGAGAUGAGAUAAGGGAAUGCUGAUAGUUGGGGAAAAAAAGAUCUUCAACAAACAUCUUUGAGUUUCUUCAGUGUACUCUCUGCCUAGUAAAAAACAGAUCUGUAGAGAGCGGAAUGAGUACUCAGACCUAUUGUCUGCCUCACCACACGCAAAUCACGGACUUUUCAUUAUGUUGUUGUUGUUGUUAUUAUUAUUAUUAUUAUUGUUAUUAUUAUUAUUAUUAUUGUUAUUGUUAUUGUUAUUUAUGACUCUCAUGGGGCCAUUUUAAAUCUCAUUGUCACUGUAAAUAUUUUUUUUCUUUAAGGUUUUUACAUGGGGUCCAGAUACAGGGAAAGAAGAAAUAUAUUGUAUUUAUAAGAAAAGAAGUAAAACACGCUAAAAGGUCCAAUAUAAAAGAACAUUACUGUCUGAAUGUGCCAAUCUCUUUUUGUACAAAUGUAUACAGUACUUUUGAAUGCAUAAAUAAUAUUGCACUCUUGUUGUGUUGGAGAGCAACAGAAAAUACAAAGCACAACGUGUGUUGUCAACCAGCCAGCAAGGCAAUCUGGACCUGUGCCAGCCCAGGAACCUGCUAGCUUUGACUCCCCCCACCACUGGAGUAGGUGACUGCUGUGGUCAGAAGAGAACGUGGAACAAGUUUGUCCUUUGAUAUCCAUUACGGAAGACUGUACCCAUAGGACUUUUUUUUUUGUUGUUGUUUUUUGAACGCGUGCUUUGAAGACAGUGUGAAAAUGUGUUCUGAACAUCAACAAAAAAAACAAAACAAAGCUAUCCGUUCCAGUGGCUAACUUUUUGGUAGUCCUUGUUGUUUUGUAAAAAUGAAAUAAAAAAAA